AUGCGGUGGGAAAAUUUUAAGUCAUUGUGGAGCCGUCGCUAUAUGGUUUUCACAGGCACAUCUACCGGAUGCUUUGUUCUGCUCGCCCCGGUCACGCCACCGGGUUUACCUAAUGUUGAUGACGUCACCAUUCCACCUUGGGUGACCACUACAACUGAGGCAUCUAGAUCAUUGGGACCUGUAGACUUGGACGUACAACUACCUCGAUCCAUUAAGCCGCUCCAUUAUGUGGUCAAACUUCAACCCUUCAUCAAUGGCAACUUCAGCAUCGUCGGCUACAUGGAGGUGGAGAUGGAGGUUCUGGAACCCACUUCCAACAUCACUCUCCACAUAUCGGAUAUCAUCACUAAAAACGACACCGUAAAGGUUUCAGAUCAAGCAACAUCCCGAGGCUUGAGGAUCAAGAAACACGAGUAUGACCAUAGUCGUCACUUUUACAUUGCCCAUUUGAGGAAAGAGCUCCAGAAGGGAAAAAGGUACAUCCUGUCCAUGGAGUUCCUUGGUUAUCUUAAUGAUAAGCUGCGUGGCUUCUACAGAGCGACCUACAAGGAUGUUGAUGGUAACAUCAGAAAUGCGGCUGCGACCCAGUUCCAGCCCACCGCCGCCCGCAAGGCCUUCCCUUGCUUCGACGAGCCCGCACUGAAGGCAACCUUUGAAAUUCACCUCGCAAGGGAAUCUUGGAUGACGACCCUCUCCAACAUGCCCAUUGCCGAAACGGUGCCUGUUGAAGGACAGGAGGGAUGGAUGUGGGAUCGUUACGAGAAGAGUGUCCCUAUGUCCACUUACCUGGUUGCCUUCGUCGUGUCCGACUACGUUCAUAUCAACUCGACCGAGAAUGACCGUGUAGAUUUUCGAGUGUGGGCACGACAAGAGACCAUAGAUCAAGCAGAAUAUGCAAAUGAGAUAGGUCCCAAGAUCUUGUGUUUCUUUGAAGAUUAUUUCAACCUAUCUUAUCCCCUCCCGAAGAUGGACAUGAUUGCAUUAACCGACUUCUCUGGAGGAGCUAUGGAGAACUGGGGUCUAAUAACUUACAGAAAGUUCUUCUUGUAUGACCCACAAGUUUCAACCCCAGUCGACAAGGCAGUUAUUGCAAGUAUUGUAUCUCAUGAGUUGGCUCACCAGUGGUUUGGCAAUCUGGUGACGCCUAAGUGGUGGGACGACUUGUGGCUCAACGAGGGAUUCGCUACUUAUAUAAGUUACCUUGGUGUAGAUCAUGUAGAACCAACGUGGAAGGCAAUGGAAGAAAUCGUCGUUGAAAUAGUCCAUCGUGUGUUCAUCUAG